AUGGGUGCCGAGAUAUUGUGGGCAAAAGAUGACGACGAGUUCAUUGGAGAUGCCAAUAGACAACUUGUGGUGGUCGAGAGUACCGAGAAUAACAGAGAUGCAUUCAAUAGACUUGUAGAAAUCGUGGCGAAUGCCGCCAACCAAACCUAUCAUUUAUUAAAGUAUAACUGUGAGCACCUGGUGAAUUAUAUAAUGAAGGGAAUUGCUUCGAGCAAACAGGUUGUAGAUGCUGCACAAAAACUAUCACUCGGUGCUAUGGUGGUGGCAACUGGUAUUGCAGCCUACAAAAUAUAUACAUCUCGAUCUGAAUCAUCGACAACAACGACAACCAUCACCAAUGGACAAUCAACAACUACAACUUUGACUUCAACCGCAACCACCACUUUUAGCAAUCAAGAUAAAAGUAAACCAAAUCAUAAGAUGUACAAAUUGUGUAAAUAA